AUGGAAGCUGGCAUCCAACUCAUGCAGGUUAUCCAAGAAAUGCGGGCAGAAAUCAACAGACUACAGAAAGAGAAUCAUGCUCUCCGUGUGAAGCUGACUUCCAAUAGUCAGACAGCCUCUGGAUCAGAGAGAGAAUCCGAAGACGAAAGGGAAGAAGCAGUGCAUGGGCAAUCUCCGGGGGCCCUUCCUGGUGGUAUUCCCACUGGGUCUACACCAGCUGUGCAGGAACAAGGCAAUGUCAUGAUUGUUAGACGCUACUCCAUUUCUCCAUCAGCUCACUCAUGUGCAGCAAGUGACCCCUGGAAAGCUAGAAACAGACUUCCAAACAUCACUGGAACAUCAUCGGCACAUUCUGCAACUAGAAAUCAAGACAAUGAAGAAAAGACAUUGACUGCAAAUGGUUACAACAGCAAUAGCUCUAGCCAGAGAGCAUCUUCUGAUCACAGUUUUGUUUGCAGGGAGAAGACAAAGACAGUCAGUUUCCAGUUACCUAGGGAUGGGUCAUCAGUUCCCCAAAAUUUGCAUCCUUUGAAGUACUCAACAAAUCAGACCACAGACCAGCUAAGCAUCAUUGCAGAAAAAGAUGUGUGA